GAUUCGAAAUUCGAACACAAUAACAAAUACUACUAUGACCACAUCUGAUGGAAUGUCAAACAUGUUUUCAUUUGGCGGUACAUUUAUUUGCCUUAGCCGAUUUCAUCAUCAUUAAGCGCCAGUUUGUUUGAUUGUUUUUUUUGGGUGCUUUUGUUAUGAUUUCGGUGAUGAAUUGAAGUUUUCAUUUUGUUUAUUCGUGUGAAACCAUGGAUCGACAAUAAUUUUUUUGGUGACGAUAUAUCAAUUUCAGUUGAUGACAUAAAAUGAAUUUAGAAAGAUUAAUACGAAAGAAGGAUCGUGCGAUUGCGGACAAUAAUCCGAGUCAAUUGGCUGUGGCAUACAAUAAUUUAGGCGAUUGGUACCAUGAAAAUCAGCAGUAUGAAGAUGCAUUGGAAUCUUACAAGGAGGAGGCCGAUGUGUACAAAUCGUUGGGAAAACGUUUAGAAGAAGCCAAAGCACAUCGCAUGAUCGGCGAAAUGUACAUGUUACUGGAAAAAUUCGAAGAUGCACUGAAACAUGAGCUGAUUUAUCUGUCUACGGCAGUCGACCAAAACAACAAACUCGAAGAACAAAGAGCGUACGCAACAAUUGGACGUGUGUAUUUGACAAAAGCACAGAGUCAAUUGAAUGCACCACAAAAAACCGAUGAUUUGGCAAAAUCCAUCAGAAGUGCCGAAAAGCAAUUUUUAAAAAGUCUACUCAUUUGCAAGAGUUUGAAUGAUUUGCCAAAACAUGAAGUUCUCGAUAUGACGGCACGGUUGUACCUAAAUUUGGGUGUAACAUAUGAAUGCAAAGAGGAGUUCAGUGAAGCAAUUAAGUACUUUGAAAAGGCAAUGUCAAUAUGCCGUCACAAUGACUUUUGGGAGCUGUUACAUAAGUGCUAUCUAGAUGCCGGUUUGCUGUAUACCAACAAGCUCAGUGACCAAACAAAGGCUUUGCAAUUGCUCAAUUUAGCCAUUAACAUUGCUGAACGAUUGACUACCGAUCGAACGGUUCGCGUAUGUCAAACACUUCUGUCAAAGUCGGAGGUGUUGAUAAAAAUGGCCGAUUUCCAGGGUGCCAAGCAAAUUCUACACAAAGCAUAUAAAUUGAAAACGCCGGACGAAGGUGAUGCGGACUCAAUUGAAACGAAUUUAAAAAUCGUGGCUGCGAUGUGCAAGGCGGAAAAUGCGCUUAUUACAACGGACUCGGAGGAUCUGAUUGAACGCAAGAGAUUGUAUGAAAAACUGGGAGAUGGUGCUUGUAAAUUGCGAAAUUUCUCGGCUGCCAUUGGUUACUACAAGAAAAUGUUGGAAGCGGCAAAAAAGAAUGGCGACAGUGGCCAUCAGUUGAUUCCAGUUUAUGUAAGUCUUUAUCAAACCUAUCGCGAUAUGAAUGAAUACAAUCGCGCGUUAGAGUUUAUGCAAAAAGAGUAUGAGCUGUGUAAAGACGUGCCAUCCGAAACAUUUUCAACGCUGUUGGGAAUUGCCGAUACACAAUCACUGGCUGGAAAAGACUUUUGGACCGUUGAUGGCACGUAUGAAGAAGCAAAACGAGUGGCUCAGAAUAUGGCAAACAGAAAGAAAGAGAAAAUGGUGUUAUUGAAACAAUUGGGGCUGAGAGAGAAACAUGGAAUGACAACAUUGGCCGAUAUCAUGAGAGAGGAAUUGAAAUCGAACAGUUUCAGUGAGCUGGAUUGUGGCGAUGACGACAGUAAUGAUGGAAUCGAUGUUGAAUCGUCCGAAGAAAUCAAUACACCCGAUGUUGGAGACGACAUUUGUUUGGAAACAUUAUCGGAUUCGGCGAGUGAAAACGAAGAAGAGGAACGAAAACUAACUGCAGUCACAAAUCAGGCACGUACACUGAGAAAACGAGGCUGUUUCACGGUCAAGAAGAAUGAAAAAGGAGAAUCACAACUGCAUCGCGCAUGCAUUUCGGGAAAUUUAACAACAGCACGUCGAUUGAUCGAUCAAGGCCAUCCUGUAAAUGUUCGUGAUCAUGCUGGUUGGCUACCGCUGCAUGAAGCUGCAAACCAUGGAUUUACCGACAUUGUCGAACUACUUUUGGAUAAUGGUGCAACAAUCAAUGACAAAGGUGGAACUGGUUGUGAAGGUUUCACUCCGCUGCACGAUGCGUGUGGAAAUGGGGUGCUGACAGUGGUAGAGUUGCUAUUGAAUCGUGGUGCGAAUGCAACGUUAAAAAACGACAAAGGUGAUACAGCGCUACAAACACUGAUGAAAUGGCGAAAGGAUCGAAUUUUAGAUCCACAAGAUCAAAGUUUCUAUGAAAUAAUUUACGAGCGAAUGUAUAAGCAGCUAGAGAAAGCGGGUGUAAGUGCUUGUGUUGACGAAUCGCCAUCACAAAAUCCAUCGAAGGUUCGUACCCUAGUGAAGCGGCCUUCGAUGACAUCUCGCAAUCGAAUUAUAAGCGAAUCAACGUCGAGCGAAGAUGGUAACAACGAUGAGAAUCGAUUGCCGGAUAGUGAAGAGUUCGACAACAUUGAUAGUAUUCUUCAUGAGGAAUUGCCAUCGUCCAAUUCACCCGACAGAGAACGACCCAGAGAAUCUUCUUCAGCAUCAGCCGAUUAUCGCAAAGUUAUGUCUGAUUUACGAACGCGAAACUUUACGAGCGAGGUAAAUGCAAUAUCAAAAUCAUUCAAGCCAGUGGAAAAGACGGUUAAAAAGUCGGCAAUGUUGGCUCCAGAGGAAAUUGACGAUGACAAUUGGUUGGAAAAUGACCUUGAACCGAGUGCAAAACGUCGACGAUAUUUGAAUGAAAGAACAUUUUCGGCCGAAUCAAACAAGUCAACUAAUCAAAAAAAAGAUAAACCAAAAUCAUCCGGAUAUUCAUUCAACGAUUCAAUGGUCGUUUCAUCGACGAAUAAUAUUGUUUUGAGUGAUGAUUCGGAUGAGGAAAAUGCCUUGAAUAUUCUGAUGCAAAAUCGAUCGCACCAGAAUGAGCGACGAAGAAAGCGUCGCACAUCAUCGUCAAGCGUCAAUCGACUAUCCGGUGAAUCAAUGAUGCAAUCAUCUCUGCUUGAAAGUGGCUUUCAGCGGCAUCGUGCCAUUUCACCGGACUUUAUGAUGCCAUCGUCUGUAUCAUCAACGGUUGUGUCACCACAUAAAAUCAUAAGCAUUUCACCGCACAAAGUCAUUAGCAUCGCAUCGACACCCAUUCAAUCACAUUCCAUUAAAGUGCAGGUUCAUGAUCUGUACCUAAAUAUCCCGGUGAAUAUGAACAAUGCCAAAGAUUUGACCAUCGAAUGGUUGGGAGAGGAGGCAGCAAAACGAUAUUAUGGAUUAAAAGGAGUGCAGCCAGUAUUGCGUCUCACGACAAAGGAUGGUGCCAUUUUAUUAAACUCUGAUCCGAUUAGUUCGGCAUUCGCCGAGAAUUCAGCAAUUGCAUCGGACGUAUUGGAGUGGAUAAUGCCACCGUUAACUCAACGUUACAUGGAAACGUGUGCACAAACAAAAACUGACGCUGAUCCAUUCAUAAAAGCCCAAAUCGAGCUCAUUGCCUCAACGCAAUCGCUGUCCAUAAACGAUCAAAUGCUAUCGCCCAAACAUAGUCGUCCACUGUUCAAAGCAUUACAUUUUCAAUCGAACAUCACUAAAAUCGACCUCACCAAUAGCUUCAUCGAAGAUGAAGGCUUCAAACAUCUGGCACAAGCCUUGCCCACAAUGAAACAGAUUACCAUUUUAAAUCUCGCCGGCAAUUUAAUCACUGCAACUGGGAUAAAAUAUUUGGGCAGCAUAUUUGAUACGGAGUCAUCAGACUGUUUGCCCGAGCUCAACACUUUAAUACUGAAUAACAACCCAUUACAAAAUCAGAGUUUGAGUACGCUAGAAAAAAUCUGCUCUAAUUUAAGCCAACUGUCGACGCUACACUUAUCGUCGACUGAUCUGUCCGAUCUCCAAAGUGCUGAUUUACGAUUUGCACACUUAACAGACAUCGAUUUAAGUUUCAAUCUAUUCACUCCGACCGGUUUGUUGAGAUCAAUCGACAAAUUGAACUCGUGCAAAUUGGAAACGUUGAAACUUUCAUUCUGCGGUCCACUAUCGCAUGGGCGAGAAGAUAAGAAUUUAGUCGAUGCGCUAACGAAAAUGUUCGACGCGGGCACUUGUUCCAAUUUGCAAGAGGUUUACUUGUGUGGACUGAAUUUAAACGAUGUCAAUUGUUGGCAAAUCGUACAGUCGCUCAGGCGUUCCAAAGUACUGAAAACACUGUCGUUGCGAGAUAAUUCCCUAUUGACCAAAGUCACCUGGAAAUUACUGUUGGAAAAUCUAUCGAUACCCAACUUAUAUUUGGAAGGUUGCAGAAUAUUGCUGUGCGAUCUAAAUGCACAAGAUGAAGAGACUUUGACCAAAGUAAGGCAAUGCUCUGAAAAUAUAAAAAUUUCGUUAAAUGCUGAACUGAGCGAUAGCAAUCAAUUCGAGACAGUCCGACGCAUUUGGAAUUCAAUAACGCAUUACGCAGGGAAGGUAUUCCGACAAGGUCAAAUUGUAUGGCUCACAACAACACCCGAACAUAUUACAAUGGACACUUGGGAGUAUUGUCACGCAUAGCCUUCGAAAUGGAGAAAAAAACACAUUUGAAUUCAAUAUUAAGUUGACGAAGUACGUUUUACAUGCUACCAUUAUGAUUAUUAUUUUUUCAUGUUCAUAUUUUUAAUAAAGAAUUCGUUCGAAAAUA